ACAGAGUCUCCUGGUCCCCGUCUCCAUGCCGUCGCGGUGCUUGUGACGUCAUCGGGAGGCGCCGGCGGGGAGUCCUCAUUCCCUGUUAAAAAUGGCGGCGGCCGCGCUCUGGGGUUGCCGGAAAUGCCUUUUAAACAUUUGGCUUGCAUCCGGACGGUAUUCGGGAGCAGCGCGACUUGCCAUCCUUCCACACCAAUCCAACAGGCCUUCCUUACAGCUGUACCAGUCUAGAUGCUAUUCCUCUGGAGGCCGCAAAGGUUUUAUAUCAGGCUUUGUGGAGAACAUCAAGCAGGAGCUAGCUAAAAACAAAGAGAUGAAAGAGAGCAUUAAAAAAUUCAGAGACGAAGCAAAGAAGCUGGAAGAGUCAGAAGCCCUCCAGGAGGCAAGACGGAAAUAUAAAACCAUUGAGUCUGAGACUGUUAAGACUUCUGAAGUCCUGAAGAAGAAGUUUGGAGAAAUCACUGGCACAGUUAAGGAGAGCUUGGACGAAGUCAGCAAGAGUGAGUUCGGCCGGAAGAUUAAGGAAGGUGUGGAAGAAGCAACCAAAACUGCCAAGCAGUCUGCCGAAUCGGUAUCCAAAGGGGGAGAGAAAUUGGGCCGGACAGCAGCAUUCAAGGCCUUUUCUCAGGGAGUCGAGUCGGUCCGGAAGGAGAUCGAUGAGAGUGUCCUGGGGCAGACAGGGCCUUACAAGCGCCCAGAGAAGCUCCGGAAGCGGACAGAGUUUGCUGGAGAAAGGCUGAAAGAGGAACGGAUAUUUGAAGCCAAUGAGGAGGCGAUGGGUGUGGUACUUCACAAGGACUCCAAGUGGUACCAGCAAUGGAAAGAGUUCAAAGACAACAACAUCGUCUUCAACCGGUUCUUUGAAAUGAAAAUGAAAUAUGACGAGAGUGACAACGUUGUCAUCCGGGCCUCGCGUGCCGUCACCGACAAAGUGACAGAUUUUAUAGGAGGCCUCUUCUCCAAGACGGAGAUGUCCGAGGUGCUGACUGAGAUCCUCCGCGUCGACCCAAACUUUGACAAGGACCGGUUUCUCAAGCAGUGCGAGGAAGACAUCAUCCCCAACAUCCUGGAGGCUAUGAUAUCAGGGGACUUAGACAUUCUCAAGGACUGGUGCUACGAAGCAACUUAUAGCCAGUUGGCACAUCCAAUUCAACAAGCCAAAGCCAUGGGCCUUCAGUUCCACUCCAGGAUUUUGGACAUUGAUAAUGUGGAUCUGGCAAUGGGGAAGAUGAUGGAGCAGGGGCCCGUGCUGAUUAUUACUUUCCAGGCCCAGCUAGUGAUGGUGAUUAAAAACCAGAAAGGGGAGGUGGUCGAAGGAGACCCGGAGAAAGUCCUGCGGAUGUUGUAUGUCUGGGCUCUCUGCAGGGACCCCGAUGAGCUGAACCCUUAUGCCGCCUGGAGACUGUUAGACAUUUCUGCUUCAAGCACAGAACAGAUCUUAUGAGUCCGGCCCCUCUGGCCGCCCCUUCCCCUCGUCCCUCCGACAGAACGCCUGCCUUGACGUGAGGGUGGCCAUUUUGUGUGGCCGUUUGAGGCCUUUGUGAGAUGCCUGCUUUUUCCUGAGGGCUUGGGAACAGCUGGCUCUGAGGCAGACAGAGCGGAGAGACUGGGACAGGAGUGCUGAAGGAUGCCAGUCUUUGGCGCUUCCUGGUCUGCACGCAUGGAGUGGCGUUGCUUCUUCCACAGUGCCCUCUGUCCUCGGUUCUUCGACCUGGUUGUGCUACUAAGGCUGCACCUGGGUUUCACUGAAGCAGACCCUUCUGGUUUUCUCUUGCGAUUAGGGGCACUUGUGGAUCAUACCUCCCAGACCUGCAAACCCUCUGUGGGAUUGGAGGUUGGACUCUCUUUGCCUGUGGCGGCCGGGAUCUCUGUUCAUGAUGCUCUGGGCAGCAAAGGAGGGUGCAGUUCAGGAACAGAACUGGGGGUGCAUUUUGUGGAACGCUUUGGGAUUGAUGGGAGGAUAUGUGUGCGAAAUGGGGAAGUCAAACGAUCCCUUGGCACCCCCUUCCCAAAGAAGAAGGGAACGGUUUUGGUCAGCUGUCCUUCUGGGGUGCUGGCUGAGCAGAGCUGUCUCAAGGAGAGGAGGAAUAUCGGGAAGGUCUGGGAGCAAAUCUGGUGAGUUUACAGCCGGUGUGAGAGGGCUAGUAUCAUGGCAAAAUCUUGUAUUGUCUCUAUAAAUUAAAAUGAGCAUAGCCGGUU